AUGUUUACGUUUUUAUUUAUUUCAACCAGCAUACCUCGGGGUCAAGCGGUCAGUAUAUCGGAGUCUGAGGAAUUAAGUGUACUGCAGCCGGAGGAAUUUUUUACACUGCAGCAAGAAGAAAGAAGUACGUCACUGCCUGGACCAUCCAAUGAUGGCUCUAUAGAGUAUGUUUUAGGCAAUUUGACGACAGAGCUUGUGGAGGACUCAAGGUCGAGCGCAACUACAAACAAACGAAAGCGCGACAAUCAAGAGUUUCGACACAGCGAACGCUGCAGCUAUCGCAACAGCAGCAACGCCAGCAACAGCCGCUACACCAGCACCAAUACUGCUAGUGAAGGCAACAGCAGCAACACCGGCAACAGCCGCUACACCAGCACCAUUACUGCUAGUAAAGGCAACAGCAGCAACUCCAGCAACACCAGCACCAGCUGCAGUAGCAGCAUUAAAAGCAACAGCAGCAACGCCAGCACCAGUAGCAACAGCCGCAACACCAGCACCAGCUGCACUAGCAGCAUUAAAAGCAACAGCAGCAACGCCAGCACCAGUAGCAACAGCCGCAACACCAGCACCAGCUGCAGUAGCAGCAUUAAAAGCAACAGCGGCAACGCCAGCACCAGUAGCAACACCCGCAACACCAGCACCAGCUGCAGCCCGCAAAUAAUGCUGCGGCAAGACGUAGGCGUGCUAGAAGGAGAAUUCAAGCUCGCAGAAGAAGGCAAUCACAAUGAAGAUGAGCUCAAGUUAGAGCACAAAGACAACAAAAAUAGCGAAGACAAAGAAGAAGAAGAUAACAGUUUACAGAAAUUGAUAUCCACUCUUUUUGUCGGCUAUAAUUUUUGGAGUUUGUCUAUGUAUGUAUUUAUGUAUGUAUGUAUGCUUUUGUGUACGAGUAUAAGCCAAAGGCAACGAACCGUCAAUUAAAUC